AUGGCCAUGGAACACGCGGAAACCCCCGGGUUCGACCUGGAGCUGCUCCGUGAUUUCGGAGUCGAAGCCCAGACCGACGAGGUCAAGGCGCUCGUCGCGCUCGGAAAAGACCGCGGCUAUCUGCUCACCGAAGAGGUUCAGGAAGCCUGGGGCGACGACCCUCCCGAGGAGUUUCUCGAAAGCCUGACCGAAUGGGGUGUCCCGAUCUUCGAGUCCGAAGCGGAAUACGAGAAAUCCCGGGACGAAAGCGGCGCCACCCUCGACCUGACCCCGAGCGCCAUCGAGCGCACCAACGACCCGGUGCGGAUGUAUCUCCGCGAAAUGGGCGUCGUCCCGCUGCUCGACCGGGAGGGUGAAGUCCGGAUCUCGAAGCGCAUCGAGCGCGGGAAGAACCGUUCCAAGCGGGCGAUCACCAGACGGCUCUACAUCAUCAAUCAACUGCUCGAGGGCUUUCGGCCACAGAUCGAGGCCGACACCAUGCAGCUUCGCGAGAACUUCGAGGUUGCCGAGGGCGGGACCACGAUCCGCCACGACCAGCAUCGCGAACGGAUCCUCGCGGCGAUCUCCAGGCUGGAGGCGUGCUACAAGCUGUAUCGAAGGCGCGUGUCGCUGCUUCGAAAAGCGGCCCGCCGCACCCGUGACUAUCGGCGCCGGGCAACCGCCGCCGCACGCACGCGUAUCGAGAUGAGCCAUGCCAUCUGGACCAUGCGUCCGACCGACGGCCUGCUCAGCCGCUGGAUGGAAGAACUCAAGGGCCUUUGCGAAGAAGCGGGCCAGGCGACGUGCGAAAUCGACGUUUGCGCCGCUCUCCGGAGGGAGAUCGACGCUUCCGAAGACGUGUCGGCCGAAGACAAGACCGCACUCCGCCGCGACGUGACGCGGCGACAGCGCGAAGCGCAGGACACGCUCGACCGCGCUGGCCACGUCAUGUCCGAAUUCGGCACCACGAAGAAGCUCAAGUCGGCACGGCUGGAAGUGCUGCCGGAGCUCGAAGCCGCCGUCGCCAACAUCGACCUUGGAGAGGAACGCGCCCAACUGGCAAAGCAGGACCUCGUGCAGGCCAACCUGCGGCUCGUCGUUUCCAUCGCCAAGAAGUACACGAACCGCGGGCUCCAGUUCCUGGAUCUCAUCCAGGAGGGCAACAUCGGCCUCAUGAAGGCGGUGGACAAGUUCGAGUACCGCCGCGGCUACAAGUUUUCGACCUACGCCACCUGGUGGAUCCGCCAGGCCAUCACCCGCGCGAUCGCGGACCAGGCCCGCACGAUCCGAAUCCCGGUGCACAUGCACGAGACCAUCAACAAGCUGCACCGGACCCAGCGGAGCCUGGUGCAGGAGCUCGGCCGCGAACCGCGUCAGGAAGAGAUCGCCGAACGGAUGGGCAUGACGUCGUCCAAGGUGCGGAAGGUCAUGAAGAUCGCCCAGGAACCGAUCUCGCUCGAGACCCCGAUCGGCGAGGACGACGACGGCCAUCUCGGUGACUUCAUCAAGGAUCCGAACGCCCCCUCACCGCAGGACCUCGUCAUCAACAAGCGGCUUCAGGAAACCAUCGAAGCCGUGUUGAAGACCCUCACCCCGCGCGAAGAAGCCGUCCUCGAAAGCCGGUUCGGCCUCGGAGGACUCCAGGAAAAGACCCUCGAAGAGGUCGGAAAACAGUUCGAGGUAACCCGCGAGCGCAUUCGGCAGAUCGAGACGAAGUCCAUCCGCAAACUGCGUCACCCGGCGCGUGCCCGCAAGCUGCGGCAAUUCUCCGAAUGA